UUAAACGUAUCUGUGAUUUUAGUAGAAAGUAAUCAACGCCACCAAUUUGAUAACCAGGUCAUUAGGACUAAACAAGAGAAGGGGGGGGGGGAAUCUUCACCCCCUAUUGAUUAAGCUAAUGUUUUGGGAGCGUAGGAAAAAUGCUGUGGUCGGCGUCCCUAACAACGAGGACUAUGCUCUACUUUCUGCUCUGUUGAUGAUGAAUUCAACAUUCUGCUUUCUCCUCCCUGCAGGUCAUGGCCGCUGGAUUGGCAUCAGCAGAGACUUUCGACGUCUUUUACCAAUGAUUCAUCGAAGGUGAUUGAGUAAACACAGGGGAUGAAAUUCGGUCAAGGUGUUCCUAGGGAGCUGCUUUGAAACUCGUAGAACUCUGUCCAGGUGCAAAGGCUGAAGGUAGAGCUUGGCAUCUGAAGAUAACAAAAGUUCUUCGGUGUAAUAAGAACUCUGUGAUUUGUUCGCGAAUAUCUAAUUACCAAUAGAUAAAAAAAAUGGUAAUAUCGUAAUCAAAGUGAAAUAGAACUUGAAAUGUAAUGGAUCACAACCAACGCCGGAGUGAAAGAAUGUCACUCAGAAUGCCUGCCUCAUGAUAGACCACAAAAUCGAAUAAUCAGUCGAUGCCCAUGCUGACCACUCAUUCAGGAAAGGGAUGUAGACGGUAAAUCAUGGGGGGACAUUAGGAGCUCCCGCUAAAUCAUGGGGGCUGGGAGCGCCAAGGGGCUACAGCAGCCUGAAGAGGACGACGAGGAUCGGUUUUCGUCCUCGAGCGAGCAAUGGGGCAACGACCAGUCUGCUUCGGACGACAGCGGAAGGAAAGACAGGGACACGUCGCCCGAGUCCGACAUAGCGCCGAAAACGAUUCCUUCGGUAGAGAACGGCGAGAGUUCGGGGCACGAGGAGAUGGAGGGGAAGAGGAGAGGCCUUUUCACCUUCUCCAAGAAGAAGGACGAUCCAGAUAAAGAUAAGGUCGACGACUUCGUGGACGAAACGAACGAGGACGACAAGAAGAAGAAAGGGGGGACGAAGAAUAACAAGAACAACGCGAAGAAGGACAAUGAGAAGAAGGGUUUCAGACUCUUCGGCUGGAGGAAGGACGACAAGAAGAACGAGAAGGACGAGGCCCUCGACGAGGACAUCAACGACCUAGAGAAGACCUUCGACUCCUUGGGGAUCGUCGGAAAGAACUCGUGGGGCGACGCUCCUGCAAAGCCCCAGAAGGAGGCGGUGGACGACCUGGAGCUCCUGGAGCCCAUGAGGAAGAGAAAAAACGUCCGAGUGCGAGGUCCGAAAGGCAUGAACGGCGUCGUGGCAGGCGGGACGAGAGGGCAGGACAAAGGAGGGAGCGGGAGCAGCGACGUGGGGUCGACCACGUCAAGAAGGACCUUCAAGUACUCGUGGGAGACGGAGACGGGGCCCACGGCGCCGAAGCAGCAGGAGGACGAGUGGGAGUACAAAGCGGUGAGUUGCUUCUCCUCCCAAAUAUGGCGAAGGCAUUUCUUUGCCGAAUCUUUUUAUCCUCUGAGUUUGCAUCCUUUACCUAUGCCAUAUGGGCUGAAGUUUAGAGAUGAUAAAAGUAAAGAAUAA